ACCAAGGAAGGGAGCUCCUUGCCGCCCAGUUACCUUUCAAAAAAUUUGAUUUAGCGGCAAACCAAGUAAUUUAACGACAGAACCAAGUCCUUUUCCAUUUUCAAAUUAGUUUCAACACUCUGAAUCCUGUUCCUACUCCACUUCAAAACGACGUUUCAAGCAUCCGAAUCGUUUCUCUCUACCAAUGGAACCCCCAAUACUGAAAUUGACAAUGGUGCGAGGUCCUAGAGAAGGCGAAACCCUAGAAUUCAGACCCGGAUCCACUGUCCGAAUCGGCCGGGUUGUACGCGGCAACAACGUCCCUAUAAAAGACGCCGGAAUCUCCUCAAAGCACCUCGCAAUCGUAUCCGAACCAGGAAAAUGGAGUCUCCAAGACCUUGAUUCCUCCAACGGCACCACUCUCAACACCACUACUCUCUCCCCCUACAAAUCCUUCGAUCUCCGCGACGGCGACACCAUCAAACUUGGGGAGUUAACUUCGAUCCUCGUCCAAUUCAACGUUCACGAGGAAACCUCGCAGUUGAGACGCAAUCCGGGGAGACGUGCUAAAGAAUCCAGUAAAGUAGGAUCUGUCGCAGCGAAUCGGAGCCGCAGAGGAAAUGAAGAGGAGAGGGAGAAUGCUGAAAAUUUGGAGGAAGAGAAUGUUGAGAAAUUGGAGGUAAAAAGUGAGGUGAUAGUUCCGGAGAGUAGGGGAAGAGGGAGACCAAGGAGGGCUAAGGCUUUGGAGAAGGAAUUGGAUAGUGUGGUUCCUGCUGAGGCAAAGAGAGUGAAUUUGAGGAGUACUAGAAGUAGAAAGAACGAGGAUUGUGUUGUUUUGGAGAAUUUGGGAGUCGAUUGUGGUGAAUUGGGUAAAAAAGUGCGUGGAGGUAGGGGGAGGAAAAAGAAUUUACAGGUAGUGCCAGCGGAGAAUGUUCAAUGUGAUGUUGUGGAUGUUAAGGAGAAUGUUGAUUUAGCGAUGAAUGCACAAGAAGAGGUGAAAGAGGUUGCUAAUGAGAAGAAAGUUGAGACCGUGGAAGAUGUCCACAAGGAGAUCACGGAAAAGGAAACGAGUUUUGGAGAAAAGUGUAAUGACACAGCCAAGGGGAAUGAUGCUAAGGACGGUGAUGUUAGUGAGGCACAAGUUAGUGCCAAUGAGAAUUUGGAGAAGGGGAAGGAAUUACCGGAUUUGGAGAAGAUGACACUGGAGGAGUGGUUUAAUUCUAUGGAGGUGGAUUUGCCAAAGCAGAUAUUAGAGGUCACGGAGGAGAUGGUUGAAGGGAUGAGAAGGAAGGCGGAGCGAGUUCGGGAGUAUAUGAUAGAGCAGAAGAAAAAACAGGGUGUAGGGACUGUGGGCUAGAGAAGAUUAUCCAAUGUUUAUGUGGAGAUGAGUUUAAGGAUGCAAUGCUGAAUUUUGGAGUUUGAGCUCCUUCUGAACCGUCUCAUUCGAUGCAAUUUGGUGUUGUGGAAUGGAACUGCAUAGAGCAGAGGAUGCAGCUAAGUGUAUUGAGUCAGCUGUGCUUUGAGGAUAACCUCAUGGUGGUAUUUUGCAACAUUUUAUUACCAUUAUUAACUCACUCUACAUCAUGGUGAAAUGCCCUAGCUUUUCUGAUAGUAUUUUUACUAAGCAGUAACAUGCCAUCUCCUCUUGAUCUCUGCCCUCAUGUAGCAGCAUCCUUCAAACUGAUAUGAAAAUCAAGUUGAUGCUAGAAUUAGGUUUUACCUGCUUCUAUUGUUAGUUGGGUUUAUUUGAUUGGAUUUGGUAUCACAUUGAUGGUAGUGGGUGCAGUUCAUGCCCUUGUGCUGCAGCACUAAUAGAGUGAUUUGCCCGCUUUAUAGUGUUA